AUGGCCACUCCUAGGCUUCCUUUCCUAUAUUCAAACUGGAUGCGGGCCAUUCGGUCAUGCCAGCCCACCACGUACCGUUCUUUUCGACCCCCUACCCCCCGCCACAGAUUCCACACUAGCUGCCGACGCGAUCAGCAGUCCUACCACCGCCGCUAUGGACCAGCCGUUGAACCGAACAUCCCCCCUCCCACACGGCCCGGCGAUGUCCCACUAGAGCAGAUUGGAGAUAAUGCGCCUGCUGGCCGGGAUGUGACUGAUCAAUCCGAAGAGGCGGCUUCCCCGCCAGAGCAGGCAGAGUCGCAAUCGCAAGAGCCGCAACAAGAGGCCCAGGAAGACAGAGUCGCCGAUGACGCCGCUGCCUCCACAUCAGAACAAGCCGCCGCCGAAUCGACAAAAAGCGAUGCCACAUUGGAGCCGGAAGCACCAGAAGAGCAAGAGAGCGACAGUGCAGAGGUCUCCCCCGGAUCUUCCAUGCCCUCGGCCAAGGACGUGGGGGAGGAGAUGUCGCAGAUGCCUCCGUACACGAACCAGAGCACCUUUGACGAGGUUUACCACAUGCCUUCUCCGUCGAACUACGUAGCCCCAACUGGCCCGUCCUCGUCGGAAAACAAACCGCCCCAUUUGUCUCCCGCGCCUUAUGUGCACCAUUUCGAUACCUACUCGCUGGUCCUUGACCUUUCCAAGGGCGGAUACACCAAUGAACAGUCGAUCACGAUCAUGAAAGCCGUGCGGACUAUUCUACAGGGCAACCUCGACUUCGCCAAGCAAAGUUUGACCUCUAAGUCGGAUAUCGAAAAUGAAACCUACCUGUUCAAAGCCGCUUGCUCGGAGCUUCAGCAGUCGUUGCAGAGUGCCCGCAACUCCGAGGUGCAAAGGCAGCGUGCUUCGCGGACGCACCUGGAACACGAAGCGGACAUUCUGUCCCAACGUCUCAACCAAGAGCUCUCGGGAAUGAAAGACGACAUCAAGGGCAUGUUCAACGAUCACAAGAUGGCCACACGAGAGCAGCAGCGAACUAUCGACACGUCGGUUCAGGAGUUGAACUAUAAGAUUACCGUCUCGCUUAACAGUGACGGCAAGAGCGAGAUCGAGGGGCUGCGGUGGAUCUUAACCAGACGGGCUGCUUUGACGAUUGCCACCUGUGCCUUUAUGAUCAUCGUCUUCCUCAAGUACUCAUCCACUCGGAAGGUGCCCGACUCUCCAAAGGUCGAGGUGGUCGAGAAGCCUGUCGACAAACAAGUCACGAAGGAGGCUCGUGUCGUCCAAGACGCUGGUAUCCAGACAGACAUGGAAUCCGAAGCCCACAUCGCCGAAUCGUUGGGCUGA